GACACGUAAGCGUGUAUUAGCAAACAAGACCACAGAAUAGAUACAGUUGUAUCUAUUCUGUGACAAGACUUUUCAAAUUUCAGUGUUCAAAGCAAGUGUUGAGAGACAAAGAAAAUUUUUUUGAUUUUAUUAUAUAGAUCACAUUUAACCGUUGUCUAAACAUUAUAAGUACAAAAGAACAUAGCUAAUUACUAACUGGCAGAGUUCAUGCAACGGCUUUCGAACAUUACAAACAAAAAAACCCACACUGUAUGUAUGUAUUUAUGUAUUUAUUGAUAUUAUUAUUUUUGUACUGUUAUAAAUUUGAAUUUUACUCUAUCCAUAAAGAUAUUGAGCACCAUUUAUCUUAUGUACUUUUUAUUUAAUUUUAUGUUUUAUAUGUAUUAAUGUAGAUAUAUUCCUCAUAAUUCAUAAAUAAAAAAUCGUUAGACCGGUAGGAGUGGCGGACGGUACGUACAGUCGCUCGCGCUUAACAACACCUUUGUAUAAAGAUUUUUGUUUUCAUCCUAACUCACAAUAUUUUUGCUGCAUGGCUUAUUACGUAAACGAUGACAAUCGUGGCUACGAAAGGUCAAGAUUUGAGACUUCUGUAGACGAAAACUUUCUUUGUUCCAUUUGUCUAAAUGUUGUAAAAGAUGCAAGAAUUUGUCGCAAUAAUGAUCAUAUAUUUUGCUGUUACUGUAUCGAAGAACAUUUAAGAGUAAAUUCACCUAACUGUCCUGAAUGUCAAGAAGAAUUAACCCAAGCUACACUACGGCAGGCGAGAAUUAUAAAUAAUUUUUUGUCGAAGUUGAAGAUCAAUUGCAACUACGUUAGUCGAGGUUGUCUUGAAUUUAUUAACGUUGAAGAUCUUCAAAGACAUGUGGAGAACUGUGGCUUUGCCCCAACGUUUUGUUCCAAUGAAGGAUGUGGUCUGGAGAUAAAUAAACGGGACAAGAUUUAUCAUGAAAUUGAAGUUUGUGAAAAGAGAAAAGUUGGUAAUUGUGAUGAACGUAUAGAUGUCGCUAUUUUACAACAAAGUGUAAAAGAUCUUGACAGUAAAGUUGAAAAAUGUCUUCAUAAAAUGCAAGCACAUAUUGAAAUUAAUAAAACAUUAACUGAGGUACAUCGAAAAAUCGAUGAAAAAUUGACCAUUCAAUUUGCAAAAAUCCAGAAGGAAAUCAUGGAAUCAAUAAAGGAAAUGAGAGACUAUCAACAGAAUCUUGCUUCAAUGGCUCAAAACUCUGACAAAGUAAACGAUGACAAAGCACAGAUAGUGGAGGAGAUGAAUUCAGCACACCAAACUUCUGUAACAUUAACAUCACCAACUCAAGGUAUAAUGACAUCUCCUACUGCUCAGAAUAUUUUGGUUGCAGGUGGUCAUUCGAGUGGUGGUAUAGGUAUUUCAAGUGCAAGUGUGGAAAUAUUUUCAUGGGAAGAAGAGGAUUGGUUUAAAAUAUCAUUGUUGAAUAAAUUUCAUGCAAUUCCUUCAUCAUUUAUUCAGAAAGAUCAGUUGUUCAUUAUUGGAGGAUAUGAUCCCUGUAAAAAAUGUCCACAGACAGGUCGUAAUUGUCCUUCUUCCAAACUAAAUCCUGGUCCUUACAUAGUAAGUGUUCUGAAUUUAAACAAGUUGCCUAUGACAUGGGAAGAAUUGUCUGUGUUUCCUUAUCAAUGCAUGGGGCAUAAAAAUAUUGUUUGUCAACAACAAGUUCUAAGUAUUGGCGGUGCUAAUUUUUAUAUCGCAGGCAAUCAUCUUGAGAACAAAAUAUCAAAUAAGAUUUGUAAAUUACAGUUUAACACUAGCAAUAAAUCUUGUGUUGUAAGAGAGUUAUGUUUCAUGCCUGAGCCUCGAGAAUCUCAUGGUUGUGAGGUUUUUGAUGAUAUAGUUCUGAUUAUUGGUGGAAAAACAGUGGAUGAUAAAUUAUUGGACAGUGUGUUGGCAUUUGAUUCACAGACAAACAGUUGCAAGGAAAUGCCUCCAUUACCCCAUCCACUGACACAAAUGGCUACAGUUAAAUGGAGAGAUCAAGUCGUAAUUCUUGGUGGUGUAUCCACCUACCCUAACAAAAUGUUGAACACUAUGAGAAGUGUUAUUUUGUAUGAUUCUAAGACAGGCAAGAUCACUAAAUUACCAUCCAUGUUGAACAAGAGGUCUUCUUGCUGUGCAGUCAUUACCGAAGAUAUUAUAGUUGUCAUGGGAGGACGGUCUGAUCAUGGUACCCUUCAUUCUGUGGAGUAUUUUAAAAUGGGAAGUAGUUCUGCAUGGAAUUACUUUCCUUCCAUGAAUCAACUUAGACAAGAUUUUGUAGCAGAGGUUUUACCAUUUAGGGGAAUGCAUGUCGAAAAAUAAUGUAACUUAGUGAAAAAAACUUACAAUUGAUGCCAAUGUGCAUGGAUGCAAUCAUCCAAGGUGGACAAAAACAAACAGUCUCCUGUAAAAUGUGCAUGUUCACUUAAUGAUAUUGAUCAGUUUACAUGUUUUUGGCCAGCACUGGUCUGCUUUCAAGUUCUCCCAAAGGUAUCCUUGGCUUCUAUAAGCCUGUAUAGUAAAUAUCUUUUAUAAAUAGUCUUUCAAAAACACCAGUGUUGAUUAAUGUACGUAAUGCUCGAAAAAAAACGUGGUUUUACUACUUUAUGAUGCUAGAGAAAUCAAUCGGAAAAAGAUAGACAAUAACCAUGUUAUUUUAAGUUUUUAAAACGCCAUUAUUUAAGCAUCAAGUCACAGUUACCCAUAUGUUCGCACUACGUACCUAUUUUGGCCCAUGAAAAUGUUUUUAUGGGUAGCCUCUGCGCAUGCGUGGCUAACCACUAUGUGAGAGUCGAAAAGUGUCCGCACCACUGAUAUGUAUAUUACACCACUGAUAUGUAUAUUACACUGGAUAACGCAUCCUCAUGUGUAAAAUUUAGUAAGAUAAUUGAAGCCGG